AUAGAAAAACGAAACAUUUCUUCAAUUUAUAGCUUUCCAAAUCGAUACGCACUUUACGGCUGCUGAGAUAACACUGAGAGCCUUCCUUCAAGACGAACUACGUUGGAACAUUUUAACUACGUAUAGGAACAUGAUGAAAGAUACGACAAGGACACACAUGGUUUAUUUGAAACGUCGAUCAAGCUCCUCCAUUGGAAUGUUGAGAUAUGAACGCAAAAGAAAAAAUAUAUGUUCAAGUGAAAAAAUGAAAGGUAUGUAAGAAAAGUAAAUCGGUUGCAGUAAGGAGGAUAGCAGUGGUUAAAAUCUAAGAUCGAAGGACUCCACAUAGACGGAUGGCGUGCCUGCUGGCUCCGCGCCGGAAGUCGCGUGUCGACGUCGACCAUGGCACCACCGUUCCACCUUCUGCUCCCCACUCUCGUGAUAGGUUUCUCGGCUCUCCGAACCACCACUGCUGCCGCUGCUACCACCACCGAGUUCACCACCGGUUUACCGCAUUUUCUAAGCAUCCAACGGGGCGAGGGCUACGGUAGCUAGCGGGUGAGCCAGUUAGGCAACGUUAUACGCGUCCGUGCAACCCGGUUGAAUCGAGUUGUUCUUUGCUGGUGUGUACCGUUACCCUGUGGAUUCCCGCACUACCGUGACAGUGAUUGGUCGAUCCUGCCCGAGCAGCGAGAGGGUCGAGGGAAGGCUACCCUUCGCGAGCCACGUAAUGUCUUCAGAACCGCCAGGAUAAACGCGGCGUUAGCACGCGUCCGACCAACUAAAUCGCUCGUCCAACAUCCAACUCUACCAUUGGUUCUUUUUUUAUUUCACUAUCGACUCUUAGAAAAUAUCGGAAACAACGUAACAAUUUAUCAGUAUAAUGGUUUAUAAACGUUAAGAGUUAAAUACAACAAAACUAAAAACAGUGGAGAUAUAGAUUUUUAAGUGACAAACGAAGUCGCCGUUCAAGCGUGAAACAUGUCGGUUGACUACGAUGAGAGAUCGUACGGAGUACCAUGAGCAGUAACAGUAAAAAGACAUCGGGUGGGAAGGACGAAAAAAAGAAUCCCUCCAGCAAAGAGGAAAGCCCAGUAAGCAAAGAUGAGACCGGAGGAUCAGCCUCGACGGGAAGUACCGGUGGAGGAACAAGCGCGGAUGGGACACAACCUGGAAGCAAACCUGGAUCGGCAGGAGCAACCAGCAGGGAAGCCGCACAAAAGCUCCUCGGGCUUGCCGCGCGUGGAGAAUGGGCACCGGUGGACCAGCUGCUCAAAUCUCUGGAGAAGGCGGUACAGAGCGUCGGAGAGGAUGGUCCCCUUCUUCCUCUCGCUAGUAUCAUGGACCCGGCAACGGGCAUGACACCAUUGAUGUACGCAGUAAAAGACAAUCGCACGGGAUUGCUCGACCGAAUGAUUGAAUUGGGAGCGGACGUAGGUGCCAGGAACAGCGACAAUUACAAUGCUCUUCACAUCGCGGCUAUGUAUUCGAGAGAGGAUGUCGUCAAAUUAUUACUGUCAAAGCGGGGCGUCGAUCCUUAUGCCACUGGAGGACCGAGGCAACAAACAGCUGUACAUUUGGUCGCGUCCAGACAAACAGGUACUGCGACUUCAAUUUUACGAGCGUUAUUGGCCGCCGCCGGCCGGGACAUUAGAUUGAAAGUUGAUGGGAAAGGAAAGAUACCUUUGCUCUUGGCGGUGGAAGCUGGAAAUCAAUCGAUGUGCAGGGAAUUGUUGGCUCAACAGGCACCGGAUCAGCUCCGUGCCACUACCACUACAGGUGACUCAGCCCUUCAUCUGGCGGCUAGGAGACGGGACAUCGAUAUGGUGCGAAUAUUGGUGGACUACGGGGCGACUGUGGAUAUGCAAAACGGUGAUGGACAAACUGCAUUACAUAUAGCGAGCGCUGAGGGUGACGAAACCCUCGUCAAGUACUUUUACGGUGUCAGAGCGUCAGCCUCCAUCACUGAUCAUCAGGAUCGUACUCCGAUGCAUCUAGCAGCAGAAAACGGGCAUGCUUCUAUUAUUGAGUUGCUGGCUGAUAAAUUCAAAGCCAGCAUAUUUGAGAGGACAAAGGACGGAUCAACACUGAUGCAUAUAGCGUCAUUGAACGGUCACUCGGAAUGCGCGACGAUGCUCUUCAAGAAGGGCGUCUACUUGCACAUGCCAAAUAAACGUGGCGCCAGAUCAAUUCACACGGCAGCCAAGUACGGUCAUGUUGGCAUCAUAAGCACUCUCCUACAACGAGGUGAAAAGGUGGACGCAACUACGAACGACAAUUACACUGCGCUGCAUAUAGCCGUGGAAAAUGCAAAACCUGCGGUAGUAGAGACUCUGUUAGGUUACGGGGCCGAAGUUCACGUUCGAGGAGGAAAACUUCGGGAAACGCCUCUUCACAUAGCAGCCAGAGUGCCUGACGGCGACAGAUGUGCGCUGAUGUUACUGAAAUCUGGUGCAGGGCCAAAUUUGACUACCGACGACGGUCAAACACCUGUGCACGUAGCGGCGAGCCAUGGCAAUUUGACGACGUUAUUGCUUCUUCUGGAGGAUGGCGGGGAUCCUAUGUACAAGUCGAAGAACGGAGAAACGCCACUUCACUUGGCAUGUAGAGGAUGCAAAGCCGACGUCGUGCGUCACUUGAUCGAGUUUGUGAAGGAAAGAAAGGGUCCGGAAACAGCGACGGCCUACGUCAACAGUUUAACAAACGAAGGAGCGAGUGCAUUACAUUACGCCGCUCAGAUCGAACCGUCGGAAGUUGAAAUACCUGGUGACGACCGCGCAGUUAUUCGAGCUCUUCUGGAAGGUGGAGCAGACGUUUCACUCCAAACAAAGCAAGCUCAAGAAUCAGCGUUCCAUCACUGCGCGUUAGCUGGAAACAACGAAGUUCUAACAGAGAUGAUAAGUGGUAUGUCAGCCACGGAAGUACAGAAAGCGUUAAAUCGUCAAAGCGCUGUCGGUUGGACCCCGUUGCUAAUCGCUGCCCAUCGCGGUCACAUGGAGCUAGUGACCACGUUACUGGCGAAUCACGCGAGAGUAGACGUAUUUGACCUGGAGGGUAGGUCCGCGCUUCACCUGGCUGCCGAGCACGGCUACUUACAAGUCUGCGAUGCGUUGUUGGCGAACAAAGCAUUCAUAAACUCCAAGUCCAGAGUCGGUAGAACAGCAUUGCACUUAGCAGCGAUGAACGGCUACUCGCAUCUCGUCAAGUUCCUUGUGCAGGACCACGGGGCUGCGAUAGACGUUCUUACGCUGAGAAAACAGACACCCCUUCAUUUGGCAGCUGGUGCUGGCCAAUUGGAAGUGUGCAAGCUUCUACUCGAACUCGGGGCAAGUAUAGACGCGACCGACGAUCAAGGUCAGAAACCGAUUCAUGCUGCAGCGAUGAACAACUAUGCGGAGGUGGCCCAGCUAUUCCUUCAAAGACAUCCCAGCUUAGUGAUGGCAUGUACCAAAGAUGGGAACACAUGCGCCCACAUAGCGGCGAUGCAGGGCAGCGUGCGCGUGAUCGAAGAGCUGAUGAAAUUCGAUCGGCAAGGUGUCAUCUCUGCAAGAAACAAGUUAACCGAAGCGACUCCUCUUCAGCUGGCGGCCGAAGGAGGACAUGCCGAGGUUGUUAAAGCGUUAGUCAGAGCAGGUGCUUCUUGUGCCGAUGAGAAUCGAGCGGGAUUCACCGCGGUCCAUUUGGCCGCACAACACGGACAUGGUCAGGUAUUGGAAGUGAUGAGAUCUUCUCAAUCUCUUCGUAUAUCCAGUAAGAAGCUUGGGGUUACUGCCCUUCAUGUUGCCGCGUACUUCGGUCAAGCCGAUACCGUGCGGGAACUCUUAACCAACGUACCUGGAACGGUGAAAUCCGAUCCCCCAACUGGUGGCUCUCUGGUAGGAGAAUUAGGAAGCGAAUCCGGAAUGACACCUUUACACUUGGCUGCUUACUCCGGAAACGAAAACGUCGUACGACUGCUGUUAAACUCGGCUGGCGUACAGGUGGAGGCAGCGACCACGGAAAACGGCUUUAAUCCCCUCCAUUUGGCCUGUUUCGGAGGUCACAUUACGGUGGUGGGCCUUCUGUUGAGCAGAUCGGCAGAAUUGUUACAUAGCUCAGACCGAUACGGUAAAACUGGUCUGCACAUCGCCGCGACUCACGGUCACUAUCAAAUGGUGGAAGUUCUGCUCGGUCAGGGAGCAGAAAUAAACGCGACUGAUAAAAAUGGCUGGACGCCGUUGCAUUGCGCCGCUCGCGCCGGUUAUCUUGAUGUUGUUAAAUUGCUAGUCGAAAGCGGAGCCUCACCGAAAAGUGAAACUAAUCUCGGAAGCGCGCCGAUUUGGUUCGCCGCUUCAGAGGGUCACAACGACGUGCUCAAGUAUCUCAUGGAGAAGGAGCACGAUACAUACGCUCUGAUGGAGGAUAAGAGGUUCGUCUAUAAUAUGAUGGUCUGCAGUAAGAGCCACAACAAUAAACCGAUCGAGGAAUUCGUGCUGGUAUCGCCGGCACCAGUAGACACGGCAGCAAAGCUCUCCAAUAUCUACAUGAAAUUGUCGGAGAAAGAGAAGGAGAGAGCUAAAGACUUGAUAGCCGCCGGCAAACAAUGCGAAGCGAUGGCCACGGAAUUGUUAGCUCUAGCCGCAGGCGCCGACUCGGCUGGAAGAAUUCUUACCUCGAUGGAUCGCAGAAACGUGGAAUUCUUGGACGUUCUGAUCGAGAACGAGCAGAAGGAGGUGAUUGCGCAUACGGUGGUACAACGAUAUCUUCAAGAACUGUGGCAGGGCAGCUUGAAUUGGAACGCCUUCAGGACGAUUCUUCUAUUCGUCGCAUUCCUCAUCUGUCCGCCAGUAUGGGUGGUGUUCGCUCUUCCGCUCGGUCACAAGUACAAUAACGUUCCCAUCAUAAAAUUCAUGUCGUACCUCACGUCUCACAUAUAUCUGAUGGUCUUCCUUUUACUGGUCGGUAUAAUUCCUAUAUAUCCGGUGGUAAGACCGAGUCUAUUACCGUACUGGUACGAAUGGUGUCUUCUCGUGAUGCUGUCUGGACUUUUGCUCUUCGAGCUGACUAAUCCUAGCGACAAGAGCGGACUAGGCUGGAUCAAAUUGGCGGUGCUAUUGUUCGGCAUCUGUGGAGUAGCGUUCCAUCUUAUGGGCUUCGUGCUAGUUCAACGACAGUACUGGCCAACCCUGCUCUACCUCAGGAAUCAACUAUUCGCUCUGAGCUUCUUGCUGGCUUGUGUGCAAAUCCUCGACUUCCUCUCGUUUCACCAUCUCUUUGGACCAUGGGCGAUCAUCAUCGGAAACCUGAUGAAGGAUCUCGCCAGAUUUCUUGCUGUGUUAGCCAUCUUUGUGUUUGGUUUCUCGAUGCACUUCGUUGCGCUGAACCAAGCCUUCAAGAAUCAAUCGACUCAAGACAUGCGCGAGGACAAAAAGAAAAAGGGCGCCUUCUACGACGAUUUGUUGGCCAAUGUUACGGAAUGGAUGAUGGAGACGCCAUCGACGGCGCCUCCUCGUCGACACCUCCGUUACAAGACAAAACCACCUGAGUGUUGUGACGAUAGCUCCCGAAAUAUAAAGAUGAAUCCUGUACUCGCCUUCGAGUAUCUGUUCUUCGCCGUCUUUGGCCAAACGACCCACGGCGAACUGAAGGUCGAGACUAAUCAGCCGCAGUGGACCUCGGUCCUGUUCAAGUUGACCUUUGGCGUAUACAUGUUGGUCUCAGUAGUUGUAUUAAUUAAUCUACUGAUCGCCAUGAUGAGCGACACCUACCAGCGGAUACAGGCGCAAUCGGACAUUGAGUGGAAAUACGGACUCAGUAAACUGAUCCGAAAUAUGCACAGAACGACCACCGCCCCAUCGCCUCUUAACUUGCUCACUACUUGGAUCGUGUAUUUCAUCAAAGUGUGCAGGCAACACGCUGCAAAACGAAAACGUCCCUCUUUAGUCCACAUGAUGGGACUUCAGCGAGCUGCUCGUCUCUCACCUAGAUCGAAGAUGGGCGCGAAGUGGCUGGCCAAAGUGAAGAAAGGUCAAGUCAGACCGAAAGACAGUGUAACCUUGUCCGUGGUGCACUUGAGUCCUCUUGGAAGUCAAUUGUCUUUCAAUAGUGCUACAAGACUCGAAAGCGUAGUCGAUUGGGAUUCGAUCCGUAAGAAAUAUUUAGCUCUGUCCGGGAACGAGCCUGAAAAAGAAGCAGACAAGGAUACCAAAAACGAGGAUGACGAGAAAGAGGAUGAAAACGUACCGACGGUUUCUAACUCCUCCAUGGUACCAACAACAAUGACGCCACCUAUCUAGAGGAAGCUGAUUUUUCGCCUCGGAAAAAUACACAAGUUCGAUUCGAUGAUUGCGAAUUUGAUUUUACCGGACGCAAUGCCGUAUACGAGUUCUCGUCGCGCUAAUACCGCAUUGAAAAUAGCUACGACAUCAAAAUAUUCUAGGUAACAACUCGUAGUUGGAUUCAUAUCACCUUUUGAAGGUCGACCGGCUAUUCGCGAGAUAUAAUCAACAUGCUAUCGUUUCGGAAUUUACGUAAGUAGUCCCGCGAACACGAAAUAGAGAAGUACGAUUAUGAUAUCGUGCGUCUGUAAACAUUUAACCCAGCAUGGCUAUCCUACUUCUGGAGUGCACUAGAACUACCUUUGGUUCCUUCCUAUGGUAGGAUUUGUAGAUGAUUGCUCGUCUAGAGCGAUCUGAGUUCAUCCUUAUAAACGCAUCCCUUAGUUUAAGAAGUUAGUAGAAUAACGCGUUCUACUACGACUUAGCGUUUAGCUAUAGUGACACUAUCUUAAAAACGUCGAGGUCAACAAAAAAAAAAAGAAAAA